AUGAAGUUAAAGGCCAUCGCCAAAGAAUUGAUCAAACCUUCUUCACCAACACCGAACAACCUUCAAACCAUACAACUUUCUGUCGUCGAUCACUUGUGCUUGCCCUUUUACGUAGCCGCGGUUUUCUUCUACCACGUGGAAGACGGUUCCAUGACAGAAGACACCAUCUCUCAGAAGCUCAAGAAUUCCCUGUCCGAGACUCUGACCCGUUUCUACCCACUCGCCGGACAGAUAGAAGGCGUCUCUAUCCAUUGCAACGACAAAGGCGCCGUCUUCACCGAGGCUCGUGCCGAUUCCACACUCUCCGAUUUCCUCAGAAGCCUUGAUCUUGCUUCCCUCGAGCAUUUCCUCCCCGCCAUCGGCUCAGGAGAAUCUCCUGCCUCGUGGCCUUUGUUACAUGUCCAAGUCAGUUUCUUCAGGUCUGGAGGGAUGGCGAUCACAGUGUGUGUUUCCCACAAGAUUUGCGAUGUCGCUUCGUUAGUAACAUUCGUCCGCGCUUGGGCUGCUGCUACAAAAGGGCAUGCUGAUGAGGUGAAUCCUCGAUUCGCAGAAUCAUCCAUAUACCCUCCUGCAGAUUCCCUCCAUUGCCCUUCUGUCGAUGGGCUUUUCAAGGAUAGAGGGACGUGCUCAAUGAAGAGAUUCGUGUUCGAUCCCUCUAAGAUUGCAGAGCUGAAAAGGAAAGCCACAAGCGACGAUGUGCCAGACCCGUCACGCGUUGAAGCCAUCGCAACGCUUAUAUGGAGAUGUGCCACAAAGGCGACACGUUCAAACUCGACCACAAAAAAGGCAUCAUCCAUGAAUCAAGCGAUGGACUUGCGGCUUAGGAUUCCAUCCACAGAGAACGCGAUCGGGAAUCUCCAAACUUCGUUUUUUCUGAAGGAAGGUCCGGAAAGUGAGAUGGAAAUUGGAGAAGUUGUUACCAAGUUUAGGAACGCAAAGGAGGAAAUGGAGGAGAUGAUCAGAGAGAAUCUACUAGCCCACGGGACAACCCCGACACUCGGCGAGAAGCUGAUUAACACGACGGCGAAUACAUUCUUGGAGUUGAGACUUGAAAUGGACAUAUACCCUGUAACAAGUUGGUGCAGAAAGCCGUUUUACGAGGCCGAUUUCGGAUGGGGAAGGCCGGCAUGGGUGGCACCCGGCUCUCACACUCUGUACAAGAACUCUGCUCAUGUGAUAUUGAUGGACACAAAGGAGGGUGAAGGGGUAGAAGCAUGGGUAUGUCUGCCUGAGCAAGACAUGUCCAAAUUCGAGCAUGAUGAGGAGAUUCUUGCUUAUGCUACACCAAACCCAUGUUUCUUGAUAUAG